UCGUAAAGUUAGGUCACAAAACUCAAAUUCGUUCAAAUUCCGUUUGCAUCAUUUCACUACUGAAUUGAGUAGCCUUUUUUCUGCGAUUUCCACCGAAAUGUCUCACCACAGCUUGAAGUCUUCCAGCCAUGGGUACUGCGAAGCUAUCUUCUCGACUUCGCCGAGGAGUUCUAACAAGGAAAACACCGUCCCCACGAUAAAAACAAAAAAAAAUGUACAUCCUCCUUUGUCCAAAGAAUCAUCAGCUUCAACAAAGGGACAGAACACAAACAAGGUAGUACGAUGUCCUUUACAGAAGGAAUCUUCAAAACCUGAAAUAGCAGAAACCUUAGGGCCUCCGAGCAAAUCAUCUAAUACAGAAUCAUGUUCGAAACUUACAAACCUAGCAAAACAAGAAGACAUAUCUAGUAAUGUCACAUCCAUUGAAAGGAAUAUAAAAACUCCAAUUAAAACAACAAAAUUUAUUGGAUUGUUUAAUGAAAAAACACCUGCCAUACAAUUCUAUACACCUAAGCAAUCGAGAAUAACAAAUACACCUAGUGCCAAUACCAAAUUCAAUGUUUUAUCCAAUACAAGGACACCUGUGAAACGUUACUUCAACGAUCAUGCUCUAUCGCAGAGCACACCGGACUGUUUUAAUGUAGUUCACUUGGAAACUCCAUCCCAGAAAAUUGAUGACAUAGUUGUUGGAGAGCAGACAAUGUAUGAUGGUGAAAGUAGCAAUCUUACAGUUGGAAUACGCAUCAGACCCUUACAUUCCAAAGAAUUAAAUGAUUCAAAGAUUACUACAAUCGUGGAAGGAAAUGGUCAAAAUGUUGUUGUGGAAUGUGACUCUGCGCAUCACACUUUUAUGUAUGAUCAUUGCUUUGUUUCAUACAACGACCCGCUUACAUCUGGUCACGCCAGUCAAGAGGUCGUCUUUCGCAAUAUGGUAUUGCCCUUAGUACAAAAUGCUUUCGAGGGAUACAAUGUCUGCUUAUUUGCAUAUGGACAGACAGGAUCUGGAAAAAGUUAUAGUUUAAUGGGUACAGAAUCUGUGCAAUUAAGCGCAACGCCAUUUGACGAGAGAGUCGGUAUCAUACCAAGAUUUUGCCAGGAAAUAUUUACACGAACGCCUGACAAUCCACAGAUCGAAACUACCGUAGAAAUUAGCUAUUUUGAAAUAUAUAAUGAAAAAAUACAUGAUCUUUUGGCGAAUACAAAUAAUGGAUCGAAAAAGGCUCCCCUUAAAGUAAGGGAGCAUCCUGUCUUUGGACCCUAUGUCGUAGAUUUGAGCCAGCAUUGUGUGCAAAAUUACAAAGACUUACAGACUUGGCUUAAAGUGGGAAACUCGCAAAGAGCCACAGCCGCUACUGGUAUGAAUGAGAAAAGCUCACGAUCUCACAGCAUUUUCAGUAUUAUAUUAACUCAGACGCAUUUAGAUAACAAAUUAGAUUGUGAGCCACUUGAUGCUGAUCGUCGUAGUAAAAUAAAUUUGGUUGACUUAGCUGGUAGUGAGAGAUUGAGCCAAACUUCUGCAACUGGUGAUAGAUUAAGGGAAGGUGUAUCUAUUAACAAGUCUUUACUUACCUUGGGAAAAGUAAUUGCAUCACUCACAGAGAACACAAACAAUCGUAAACAAGGUUUUGUGCCGUACCGUGAAUCAGUAUUGACGUGGCUAUUAAAGGAGAGCCUAGGAGGAAAUUCACGAACAGCAAUGUUGGGAACGGUGUCACCGGCCAACAUCCACGUAGAGGAGACCUUGGCGACUCUUCGAUAUGCGUGUCAGGCUCGAGCUAUAGUUAAUCGAAUCCGCAUCAAUGAAGAUCCGCACGACCGGCUAAUUCGUGAAUUAAAGGCUGAAGUACUACGUUUACGAGGGGUGCGCGAAGGAUAUGAGAAGCAGUGUGGAGUUGUUCCUCGUCAGUUGCUCCAUCGUUUCGACUCGAAGGAUCAAUGGGGAAGGGAUAUCAUCCGUCAGCAAAAGGAAAUUGACAAACUGAAAGAUCAAUUGAAAAAAACGGAAGAACAGUUGGCUGUUACUCAGAUGAGUUCACGCGAAAAGUUAGAAAGAGCUGAAGAGAAGAAAAGCUCGGAGCUUAAAUAUUUGCGUCGUUGCGGAGUCGCCAUCGAGAUUGAUCUCCAAGAGCGAGAUAAGCAUCCGUGUCUCGUAAAUCUCACGGCAGAUCCUAUGUUAUCUGGUACACUUUUAUAUAUCAUACCUCCAGGUUUGGUUCGUAUCGGAAAGAAUGCUCCGACGCAUAAACAUGAAGCCACUUUUAAACAAUUGGAUAUCCUAUUGGACGGACCUCUUGUUAGAGAAUUGCAUUGUGCUAUCGAAAAUAACGGAAAAAAAUUAAUUUUGACACCCGAGAAGGGCGCGGACACUUAUGUCAAUGGGCAGAUGGUAACUGGAAGAAUUAUGCUUAAUCAUGGUGAUCGCAUAGUCAUCGGCGGUAAUCACUAUUUCAAAGUUCUAAAUCCAUUUGAUGAAUCCUACAAUGUCAAGCGUUCCACACAAGCGAUAGAUUUUGAAUUUGCGCACCAAGAAAUUCUUCAAAUACAAGAGAAAAAAUUAAGAGCAGAAUUGGAAGAGUCCAAACAACAAGCAAUAAAGGAACUCGAAAAUGCCAAGCGCGAAGUGGAAUGGCAACUCGGUUCGCAAAAAUCAACGUACGAGCGGGAAAUUGAAGUUCUUGGUUCCACUCUGAAAGAGCAAAAUCAGGCACUCGAGCAAAUUAAUCGUAGAAAAAAGGAGCUAGAAUUGGAAAAGGAGUUACUCGUUAAGGAGGUAGAAGUCAAUAAUAAAAUUAAAAAGAUACGAUUGGAACAAAGUCAUGCGAAACUAUCACCGUACAAAUCGAAUUUCCUGCAAGAACUUGAGGGUAUUUUGAAUGAGAAAACUGCGGACAUUGAGAAUGUGCUAAAAACGAAACUUAACGGGAAAGCUAUAACUGCCGGUGGAAUCAGUCUACAUGAGAUGCAAAUACUUGUCAAGGAAGCGACUCAGCGAUGUCAAGAAGUCGGAUAUCUUUAUGAAUUUGAACAACAACAAACAGUAAUGGAAAAGAAUUUGCAGUCAGUGAUUCGCGUUUGUGAUAGGACUAAUUCGAUGGAAACGCUGUGGCAAGCGACAGAUUUUUUGGAUUGGGUUUAUCGGCUGAGAAAUAACGAUAUAGAAGAUUCGAUAAAGGAAUUGCAGAGUAGUAAAUUAAAUUGGGAGUGUGACGAAAGUAAGCAUACGGAAGUAUUUGAAGAUUCUUUAAAUAACAGUAAGAUCUCGAUAAAUAUGACCCCUGUAAAGAGACAAUUGAACGAGAGUAUCCACCAAUUCUCGAUGGACGCGUCGAUGCUGGAAGCGACGAUGAACGAUACAUCCUUAAUACAUGAUCAACAGGAGAAUGUAAAUGCAUGUCUCACUCAAAUCGAAGUUGCCGCAAAAACAUUGAAAAAGUUAUGCCAUCGGUAUCAAAACCACGACACUAAAUCGAUCGUUGAAUCAUUGAUUAAGAUGCAAGAUAUUGUCGAGUCUUUAAAAAAUAUCUUCCAGAGUAAAGAUUCGAGUGAGUGCGAGGAUGUGAGUGCAAAUUCGAUAAACAGUGCCAAUAAUACUGUUAUCGACAUGUCGAACGACGUAAAGAGCAUUUCAUCAAAUAAAGAUACAAACGAAUGCAAAGACAAAGAUGCUAUUUCAAUAGACAGUAUUAAUAAUGACUUAGCUAAAAUAACAAUAGAAGUUACUGAAAGUUGCUCAAAUCAUAUGUCACCGAAAAAAUCUAGUAUGCGGAAUAACGCGCUAGAUACAAAAGCUGAAAAUAUUCAAAAGAACGUAAGGUUUACUGACAAAAUUGAACAAUGA